ACAGUCUCCCUCUUACUCUCUCGAACACACACGAGAAAGGGGGAAGACAUUAACUUUGUUGCACCCCAAAAGAGCAGAAGAGACAAAAGAAAAUUCCUCUUCUUCUUUCUUUACCUCUUAUCUUAUAUAUACAUAUACAUAUAUACAUAUAUAUAUAUAUAUAUCUCUGAUCCUCAACCCAGGUAUUGUAUCCACUUUCUUACACCCGAAAGAGCAAAGAAACUUUCAGUACGACUUCUGCCCUUCCUUCCCCCACUCCCUCUGUCGCCUGUCUCAAAGUGGUCCAACCAUCGAUCACUACUUCUUCUCCUCUUUCAUAUAACAACAAGUUGAACUUUGGGGUUGAUUCGAGGAGAGAUAGGGCACAGACAAUUUAACAGUUACCGUGUGAGUGAGAGUGAGAGCUAGCUAGCUAAGAAGAAUUAUUAAGGUAAUAUGGAUUGGGAUGGCAGCAGCUUGUUGAGAUCCUCCAACUUUGUCAAUUCCCGACCUGCAGAGUCGUCUCCGGCCCUUGGUAGCUUCCUCCUCAACUACACUUUCGACCAGUUUCCACCUCACGGUAUGGAGGUCAAGCAUUCCAUGGCAACAUCAGACCCACAACAUGCGGCUGCGGUGGGGAUGGACAAGUUUGGCAUUGGCUGUCAGGCAGAGAGGAAGAAGAAGCUAACGAGCAACCAGUUGGAGUCACUUGAGAGGAGCUUCCAGGAGGAGAUCAAGCUCGACCCUGACCGGAAAAUGAGGCUGUCAAGGGAGCUAGGGCUUCAGCCUCGCCAGAUCGCUGUGUGGUUCCAGAACCGGCGCGCGAGGUGGAAGGCCAAGCAGCUCGAGCGCCUCUACGACGCACUCAAGCAGGAGUUUGAGGUCAUCUCCCGGGAGAAGCUGAAGCUCCAGGAAGAGGUUUUGAGACUGAAGGCCAUGAUAAGAGAUCAAGCAGCAACGGGCAGCAAGAAGCAAGUACGUGGCGCCGGCUACACGGAAGUCUCGGGCGAGGAAACGGUUGAAAGCACUUCCACUGACAUCCGGAGACACUAUACUAACAAGUCGGCCAGAGGAUCCCAACAGAUUAUCGGGGAUCAGUCGAGCUACUUACUGAGCGCGCUCGAAGAAUAUAAUAACUCUGUAUCAGCGUCGUACUGGGGGGUUCUGCCUUCUUAUAAUAAUCCAUAACGAACUUCAUAUUAAAAUAACCUACCAUGCAUGUGGCUUCAGUUUUCCUGGUCAUGUUAAGAUCAUUGAAGGAUAGCAAGGUGGAGGAGUACUUGUACUGGAUAUGGAAGUAUAGUUGUGCCUCGGGAGGGUUCAUGGCACUGCUGGGUAAUAGCUAAGGAAUGCAACUUUCAUAUUAUAAUCAGUAAUAUAUGCAAACUUCAUAUCAAGGCUUUCUUGUUGUGUCUUGCCAAUUUGUCAUUUUCCCAUUUCCAUGUAAAAUUUUACCGGGCUCUAUGUAGUAUAAUUUUAUCGAGAUAUUCUCAAUCUGCUAGUUGAGA